AUGUAUUUCAACCUCCUCGUCAACAACAAUUUACAUUUUGACACCGAGAUGUAUUUCAACCUCCUCGUCAACAACAAAUUACAUUUUGACACCGAGAUGUAUUUCAACCUCCUCGUCAACAACAAAUUACAUUUUGACACCGAGAUGUAUUUCAACCUCCUCGUCAACAACAAUUCACAUUUUGACACCGAGAUGUAUUUCAACCUCCUCGUCAACAACAAUUCACAUUUUGACACCGAGAUGUAUUUCAACCUCCUCGUCAACAAUUCACAUUUUGACACCGAGAUGUAUUUCAACCUCCUCGUCAACAACAACUCACAUUUUGACACCGAGAUGUAUUUCAACCUCCUCGUCAACAACAAUUCACAUUUUGACACCGAGAUGUAUUUCAACCUCCUCGUCAACAACAAUUCACAUUUUGACAUCGAGAUGUAUUUCAACCUCCUCGUCAACAACAAUUCACAUUUUGACACCGAGAUGUAUUUUAACCUCCUCGUCAACAACAAUUCACAUUUUGACACCGAGAUGUAUUUCAAUCUCCUCGUCAACAACUCAGGGGGUAAUAAAGAUCAAUGA